AUGAAAAAAAGGUCCUAUGGCAAUGUAGACAUGUCAAAAAGAGGUCGUCAAGGCUUUCAGGAUGAAGAUUCCCAGACCACAAGUGGCUCUACGAUUAUUUGUCAAGAACAUCCAUGUGUUUUAAACCAUGUCCCCAUUGAACUAUAUACCGAACAUGUCCAACAGUAUCAUGAACAUCGAUGCGAAGCAUGUUGGGGAAAUUUCGUUACUGAAAAGUUACUAGAGAUUCAUCAAGAGGAAUGUCACAAUCCCUUUCGUCAAAAAUCUUCACUACGAUGUUUUGAAUCUAAUUGUGUACAAGAAUUCAAUACCCAAGAUCAGAGGAUCGAUCACCUUCUCAAAGAGCACAACUACCCAAACACAUUUGAUUUUAAUAUCAUCUCCAGAGGUUACACAUUUGAAUAA